CUUGUAGCGUCUAGACGACUUCAACUGUAAUUGUGUUUUGACAGACAGUUGUGUUUGAGAUCAAGUUCACGGAGAUUACCAAGAAGUUUUGCAGAAUGGGUAAGGAAGGUGUUCUAACAACCGAAGUUUACACAGCUAUAGUACAACACCUCAGUGCGAACACUCGUCCAACAGCCAAUGAACGUAAACGUUCAGCGUUACAAAAUAAGAUCUACAAAUGCCUUAACGGAUGUGACUACGACCUUCAAAGAGUUCACGACCCAAGAUCAGUUGAUCAAGAAACUAGACUAGUUUUGACGGGUACAAAUGUAAUUGUUCUUCGUGAAGAAGAAGUGGAAGAAUUGAUAAUAAUGUACUUCAAUCACACCAAGGGAGCUAAUGCCAAAAAAAUUCACGGACUGAUUGCAAAACACUUUUCUGGCGUCGGCGAAAAAAGAAUUCAAGCUUGCAUUAACGAUCUAAGAAAAUCACAGGAGUUACAUCCGAAGUUCCUCAAUAAAGCCCCACUAAUUCCCGCAUUAGCAGGAACAGUUCAACAUUCCAACCAACUGGAUCUAGUAGACUUUUCAGACAUGGCAAUUGAGGUGGACGUAGAUGGUUUGACCUAUAAAUACGUCCUCUGUGUUCUUGACGUUUUCAGCAGACAUCUUUUUCUUCGACCUCUUCCGGGUAAAUCAUCAUUUCUUGUUGCCAAUGAAUUGUUGGAGUUGUAUUACCUGAUUGGACCACCGGCUACUAUUCAAACAGAUCAAGGAACAGAGUUUAAAGGAGUUGUAGAGCUACUGUCUUCGUUGAUGAACAUCAAGAUUAUUCGCAGCAGACCGUAUCAUCCGCAGUCUCAAGGAAAACUUGAAAAAGUCAACCUAUCACUGAAAAAUCGCAUACGUUAUGACAUGAUCACUAACAAAACUGAAGGUGUGAACUGGGUUGAAGAGCUUCCUGUGUACCAGCAGAUAUACAACACGUCUCCCCACCAGGCUCUAGGAAAAAAUGUCAGUCCAUUUCAAGUUUUCUUUGGAAGAGAAAGCAAUGCAGUUCUACGGGGUUUUUUACCGGGGUGUACUUCAGACCUCAUGGAAAGUGAGCAGUCGCAAAGUGAAAUACAAAGCAGCGAAAAAUUUGAUGUUGUCAAUGAAAAGCAACACCUAAUUAGAAGUCACUGUGUUGCUACUUGGAUGGAAUCGUGCAAGCUGAUUAGAGACGCUGCCUUAAAGUCGUCAAACAAGGCUGCUGCGAGAAUGAUAGCAAGACGUCUAAAAGCAAGAACACCAACAGAAUAUCACGUGAAUGACGAGGUCCUUGUACGUUUUCCAGACAUUCGUCCAGGCCGUCGGCGAAAACAAAAAUAUCACAGGUUGAUAACUUGUCUACAAGGCAAAGUGACUGCCGCUGACCCAGAAAACUACAAGUAUCGUGUUGAAUUUACGACUGCAGAUGGACGAAAUAACAACCGGUGGUUCACUGUAACAGAUAUAACAUCUCCUUCGAUGCAGUUAGAAACACUACGACACAGGAGAACCGACUGUGAUAGUCAAGACAUUUUGGAAAGCGAGCGUGAUAAUCUUGGCAGCAUUACACAAGAUGACAGCCAAGAGUUCUUGCCCGAAACUGCACCAGAAAAUGCUAAAGAAAACCAAGGUAGACUACAGUCUAGCCAGCAAACCGUUUUCAAAUCACCAGACGGUCAAGACCAGACGAAAAAAACUAAAAGAAUUUCGAAGACUUGGUCGAAUUUCGAGAAGAAAAAAUUGGCAUCCGCUGAAAAGAAAAUUGAUGAUAAGCAAGAUUCAAUGGCUUCUUCCGUUACAACAGCCAUAGCAUGCACUCUAGACAACGCUCGAGAUCAUUUGAGCAAAGCUUCCGAAAUUCUGUCAAGAAUAGCAGUUCUUGCAGCGGCUAGUUCACAACAGGCGCAGUUACUUGCAGCUGUCAGCCUCAUUUCUCAGGCAUCCUUGGUGAUUUCUAAAAGUGGGGGGUCUGUCUCACUUUGUGAUUACGAUCUCUGUCGCGGCACGACUGUCACCACAAGCAACAGCAAAGAAAAUCCCACGCUAGAAAGUGUUUUUGAUCACAUGAAAACGUUUCAGACGACGGCAACCAAAACAACAACUACGAAGUCACAAAAAUGUGCAUGUCGUCUCGACUGCGAACGUGUUGCAAGCCUGAACUGUUCAUUCGGCAAACACAAACUUUGUUGUAAAAAGGAUCCUAGGCAAUGCCGUAUGAAGAGUCACAACAAAAGUGCGGCAGAUCAAUGGGAAGAUCAUCUCAACAAGCGAACAAAAUGUACAGGUGUACAAGUACAAAAGAAGCCAAUCGCUCAAAACAGCGUUGAAAUUGACGUGCUUACUCCUAUCGAUAUAGAUAAUAGACUGCGUCAAUCGCAUACUAGAAGUGACAGUGCAAAUGUCGAAAAUGAUGCGAAGCUAGACACAACUAGUGAGUACCAUGCAAAUUUUAGUAGUGCCUAG